CCCCUCUAAAGCGCUGGGCGCUGUGCUCAGUAAGGGCUGAGGAGGUGCGGGUCACCUCAGUCUUCUCUCUCUCAAGGUCCCUUCCACAUCCCUGACGGCGUCAGCCUCCAGUGGAGGCCGUUAGAACACGCGGGCGCAAAGGGCUCCGCCAAUCUGCCUCCCUGGUUUUAUAGCAAAAGGAACGGAAACGCAGAGGCGGGAAAUGACCAACCCAAGUUUGGAGUCCGAGCCCUCGGCCCAGUCCGGCUGCAAACUCACCGCUCUUCCCGUUACACCGCUCGGCCUCCGAACCUGGAACACCUGCCAAGGACAAUGUCAAGGGCACCGCUCCUUCCCCGGGGGGGCCCCGGGACCUAGGGGCGCCCUUUCCCAGGCGCCCGCAGGGCAGCGCGGGGCUGGCCGCCACUCCGCCCCCGUUCCCACCCCGGGCGGAGGGCUCCGGGGAAAGCUAGGUGAGGGGGCGGGGACUGCAAGGGCGGGGGGAAACCCCUCCGGAUCCCGAGCCGCCUGGACUUCAGGGCGGGGCUGGGCGCGCCGCUGCGGCUCCAGUCCGGACCGGGAGCCCAAUCCCCGAUCCUGGAGAAGAUCCCGGGAGGGUCCCGGGCUCUCGGGCUGCAGCACGGGAUUUCCCAGGAUCCCGAGAGCCAGUUGCAGGGUCUCCAUCCUCGAGAGGGGGCGCUGGAUCCCGCGACUCGGGAGCUGCUUCCCCGGGAAGUUUCAAGUUUGAAAGGGCAGUUGGAGGGGCCGAGGCUUCCGGACGAGCCGCAUCUGCGGGGCCCGAGCCGCCGCGGGCAGCAUGGGGGACCCGCGGCAGGGGACUUCCACAGUGCAGCUGUGCUCAGGUGAGAGCUUGUCAGACCCCAAUUCCCAGCAUCGGCUGGAAGGUGAAAAGGAGGUGAUCCGAAAAGCCAUUCAAAAAGAGCUGAAGAUCAAAGAAGGUGCUGAAAAUUUGCGCAAGGUCACCACUGCCCGUCGGGACCUGGGCCAUGUGGACCAGCUUCUCCGUUCCUCCACCCGAAGACUGGAGCAGCUCCAUUGGGACCUGCAGGAACUACAUGCUCACAUCUUGCUCCCUGACGAGGCCCAGAGCCCUGCUGCCUCUGAGCCUCACCCAAGGGAGGAAAAGCCAGUGACCAGACAUCUGGAAGCUUUGAGAAAGCAGCUGCAGAUAGAGCUGAAAGUGAAACAGGGAGCAGAGAACAUGACUAACACCUAUGCCAAUGGCAGCCCAAAGGAACGAAGACUGCUGUCAGCUGCUCAGCAAAUGCUUCGAGACAGCAAAGUGAAAAUCGAGCUUCUUCGAAUGCAGAUUGGGAAGCUGGGAGCCUGUGGGGAGGCUCUGGCGCUAGGACCAGAACAGAGAAGGGAGCUCCGGGUUGGGGACCUUCGUCAUCGGUUUCGCAUUGAGACAGCUGUAGCAGAGGGUGCCAAGAAUGUGGUGAAACUGCUGGGGGGCCGGAGGCUACAAGAACGUAAGACUCUGGCUGAGGCCCAGACUCGACUCCGAGAAUCCUUGCAGAAGCUGGAUCUCCUCCGUUUGGCUCUGGAACGGCUAAUGACAGAACUUCCUCCAGCUCACCCCCUCCGAAUCCUUGUGGCCCGAGAGCUACGAGAGGGCAUGCCAGGGAGUCCCCCGCCCACUGGGUCUCUCAUCAAACCCAUAGCCCUCACAGGGACCCUGGAGGUUCGGCUCACAGGAUGCCAGGAGUUGUUAGAAGUGGUUCCUGGCCGGUCCCGUGUGGCUACACUGGUGGGUAGCCCAGGAGAAAGUCGGCCAAGGGGCUGGGGCAAACAGCAGCGUGUUGAAGAACUGACCAAGGAGGUUCUGGCAGUGCUGAAGGUGGAUAACCAUGUGGUGGGCCAGACAGGCUGGGGGCCUGUGAGUGCGCAGGCCUGGGACCAGACUUUUCUGAUUCCUCUAGAGCGGUCUCGUGAAUUGGAGAUUGGGGUCCAGUGGAGAGAUUGGCGGGAGCUUUGUGGUGUAGCUUUCUUGAAACUGGAGGAUUUUCUGGACAAUGCACGCCAUACACUGUCCUUGGCAUUGGAGCCUCAGGGCCAGCUCUUUGUGGAGGUGAUGUUCUGUGACCCUGUUAUCGAAAGGAGGCCACGGCUUCAGAGGCAGAAGUGCAUUUUUUCCAAACACCGUGGUCAAGACUUCCUCCGGGCCUCACAGAUGAAUAUCAGCAUGGCUGCUUGGGGCAGACUGGUCAUGAGCCUGCUACCUCCUUGCAGCUCCCUGAGUACUCUCAGUCCUCCUGGGGGGCGGCCUUCCCCAAAUCCCCCACAUGACUCCCCUGGCUCCUCCUCCCCCAGUUCCUUCCCUCUGACAAAGCCUCUGGUUGAAGAGGUCCCGCCACAGAAAACUGGAAUGGGAGAGCAGCUGCCACCAAAGCCCCCACGUCUCCACCUGCCCCUGGAUUCAGCAUCUGUGGGAUCACCGUGUACCAAACGUCCCCAUAUGGAAUACCGGAACAGUCUGAGACAGGGUUCGUGUACCACUCCCAGCAGGAAACCUCCCAGGUUCCAGGACUUCUGUUGUGUUGCUGUGCUGGGCCGUGGUCAUUUUGGGAAGGUUCUCCUUGCUCAAUAUAAGAAGACUGGGACAUUCUAUGCAAUCAAGGUGCUGAAGAAACAGGAUGUUUUGAGCCGGGAUGAGCUGGAGAGCUUAUACUGUGAGAAGCGGAUCCUGGAGAUGGUGGGCCAUUCUGGCCACCCCUUCCUGCUUUCUCUGUUGGUGUGCUUCCAGACUUCCAGCCAUUUUUGUUUUGUGACUGAGUUUGUGCCUGGAGGUGACCUGAUGAUGCGAAUCCAUGCUGAUGUCUUUCCGGAGCCCCAAGCUCGGUUCUAUCUGGCUUGUGUAGUCCUAGGCCUGCAGUUUCUGCAUGAGAAGAAAAUUGUUUACAGGGACUUGAAACUGGAUAAUCUCCUCCUGAAUGCCAAAGGUUUUCUCAAGAUUGCUGACUUUGGGCUGUGUAAGGAAGGAAUGGGCUUUGGAGACCGUACCAGCACAUUCUGCGGGACUCCAGAGUUCCUGGCACCUGAGGUGCUGAUAGAUGAAUCAUACACACGAGCAGUAGACUGGUGGGGGCUGGGUGUGCUGCUUUAUGAGAUGCUUGUGGGCGAGUGCCCAUUCCCUGGGGACACAGAGGAGGAGGUAUUUGACUGCAUCGUCAAUGAAGAAGCUCCCUAUCCCCAUUUCUUGUCUGUGGAGGCACUUGCACUCAUUCAGAAGUUACUCCAGAAGCGUCCCGAGAAGCGUUUGGGGGCAGGCCGACAGGAUGCAGAGGAAAUAAAAGUCCAUCCUUUCUUCAGGUCAACAGAUUGGGAGGCUCUGCUUUCUUGCCGUGUUCAGCCUCCCUAUGUGCCGCUGCUUCAUGGACCUGCUGACCUACGCCACUUUGACCAAGAGUUUACUGUGCUGCCCCCAGCCCUGACACCUCCUGAUCCCCGCUGUCCACUCAGUUCCCGACAACAGGCUGCUUUUCGAGGCUUCGACUUUGUUUCAGACAGGUUCCUGGAGGUCUGAGCCAUCAGAGAAGGGGGCAGCCUUGAAUAGUAUGCCAUUCCCUUUCUUCUUUACCCGGCUGGGUUUACAAAGCCAGCCUGGGGACAGAAGAAAGCUUGGUAGGCCUUCUAUAUAUACCCCUCGUAGAUUCUUUUCUCCUCAGUGGGCAGACCCCAUCUUCCACUCACCUUGAAGCUUUAGGAAUUAUUUCUCACAAUUUUUGCACUCUUUCCUCCCUCUGAAGCUAUUGGCCAUCAUCAACCCCAGGGAAGGGAAUGAUCUCCCUUAUUUAUGAAUCCUAUUCUGGUCCCAAUUAAUUCCCCUUGGUUCCCUUGCAGACAAGCAGGGAAGGUUGAGGAAGAGGCUUCUCUAGUGGUUAUAGGCCCUUCCCAGGUUAGGUCUAGACUGGGAAAGGAUGAGAGGAGGAUGUGGAAGUUGGGGAGUGAGCUGGUGACAGCAGCUGGAGCCAAGGCUGGUCAGCAGCCAGGAUUUAUUGAACAUAUCUGUACAAAGCACACACCCCCUGAAGGGUCACAGUGGAAAGCAGGGUGCACUGGUGUUUUUUUUUCCCCCCCUCAAACAAGCUACCUGCUUUUUGGAUUAUUAAAUUUGUAAACUGCAGAACCCUAGGGGAACUGGUUUGAAUUGGGAAGGCCAGGGAUGCCGAGGGGAAGGAAGGAAAAAUAUAAAAGUUCUGAGGCUACAUUGGGAACUAAAAUUCAAAGGUCUUUAUGCUAAACAAGAGUUCCCAUGUAAACAGACUGGGUAGGUGUGGGGGUGCCUCAGUUCCUCUUUUCUCCUUCCCUGGGCCUUGAGCCAGCCGAGGCCUCCUUGACACUACCUCUGUGACCGUUUCCAGUUUGCCCUAAAAAGCCCUACUGUCUUAAGUCCCUAGUCCUGACCCAACUGAAUAUGCCUCUGGGAUGAAACUUCUGUCUCCUGAGGGGGCAUUGUUCUGCAGUGGUUUCCCAGGAGGCCAGCAACCUGCCACAGGAAUGGAGAAUGGGAAAGAAUCCAGGGUUUAGGCACAAAUGGGUCAAGGGUAGCAAACAGGUGACCUUCUUUUCUAGAACCUUAUGGGGAUAGAAAUGA